GAACAUGGCCGAGAAGCAGAAGCACGAUGGGCGGGUGAAGAUCGGCCACUACGUGCUGGGGGACACGCUGGGGGUCGGCACCUUCGGCAAAGUCAAGAUUGGUGAGCACCAGCUGACGGGGCACAAAGUGGCAGUGAAAAUACUGAACAGGCAGAAAAUCCGCAGCCUGGAUGUGGUGGGGAAGAUCAAACGGGAAAUCCAAAACCUGAAACUCUUCCGGCACCCCCACAUUAUCAAACUGUACCAGGUGAUCAGCACACCAACAGACUUCUUCAUGGUCAUGGAAUACGUGUCCGGGGGGGAAUUGUUUGAUUACAUCUGUAAGCACGGACGUGUCGAGGAGGCAGAAGCUCGACGCCUUUUCCAGCAGAUCCUGUCUGCAGUGGAUUACUGCCACAGGCACAUGGUGGUGCACAGGGACCUGAAGCCAGAGAACGUGCUGCUGGAUGCACACAUGAAUGCAAAGAUAGCAGAUUUUGGACUGUCCAACAUGAUGUCAGAUGGUGAAUUUCUACGCACCAGCUGUGGUUCCCCAAAUUAUGCAGCCCCUGAAGUCAUCUCUGGAAGGCUCUAUGCUGGCCCAGAGGUGGACAUCUGGAGCUGUGGUGUCAUCCUCUACGCCCUCCUGUGUGGCACCCUGCCUUUUGAUGACGAGCACGUCCCCACCCUGUUCAAGAAGAUCCGUGGGGGAGUGUUUUACAUCCCGGAAUACCUCAACCGCUCCGUGGCCACGCUCCUCAUGCACAUGCUGCAGGUGGACCCCCUCAAGAGAGCCACCAUCAAGGACAUCAGGGAACACGAGUGGUUCAAGGAGGAGCUGCCCAGCUACCUGUUCCCAGAGGACCCUUCCUACGACGCCACGGUCAUCGACGACGAGGCGGUGCGCGAGGUGUGCGAGAAGUUCGAGUGCACCGAGUCGGAGGUGAUGAACAGCCUGUACAGCGGCGACCCGCAGGACCAGCUGGCCGUGGCCUACCACCUGGUCAUCGACAACCGCCGCAUCAUGAACCAGGCCAGCGAGUUCUACCUGGCCUCCAGCCCCCCCACGGGCUCCUUCAUGGACGACAGCGCGCUGCACAUCCCGCCAGGCGUGAAGCCGCACCCCGAGCGGAUGCCGCCGCUCAUCGCCGACAGCCCCAAGGCACGCUGCCCCCUGGACGCCCUCAACACCACAAAGCCAAAGCCCCUGACUGUCAAAAAGGCCAAGUGGCACCUGGGCAUCCGCAGCCAGAGCAAGCCCUACGACAUUAUGGCCGAGGUGUACCGCGCUAUGAAGCAGCUGGACUUUGAGUGGAAGGUGGUGAACGCCUACCACCUGCGGGUGCGCCGCAAGAACCCCGUCACCGGCAACUACGUGAAGAUGAGCCUGCAGCUCUACCAGGUGGACAACCGCAGCUAUCUGCUGGACUUCAAAAGCAUCGAUGACGAGGUGAUGGAGCAGAGGUCUGGCUCCUCCACGCCCCAGCGCUCCUGCUCGGCCGCGGGCUUGCACCGGCCGCGCCUGAGCAUCGACGCGGCCGCGGCCACCGAGUGCCAGUCCCUGAUGGGCUCCCUGAGCGGCUCCUUCGUGGGCAGCAUCCCCUCGCUGCCCCCCCGCCUGGGCAGCCACACCAUGGACUUCUUUGAGAUGUGUGCCAGCCUCAUCAUGGCCCUGGCCCGCUGACGGCCCCUCUGCGCACCGUGAGGAUCUGCGCCGACUCGUCCGCCCCCUCCUUUCUUUUGCUUCCUUGUUCUUCCUCGUCCUCCUCCCCUCACUGCCCCACAGAGCCAAGUCCAGACCCAAAACAUGCUCCCCUCUAGCAGGGCACCAAGGAAAUUAACUUCUCUCCUUGUGCCUGGCGAAAUGUAUCCAAUACUCUUUUUUCUUCUUUCCUUGUGACCCCCAUGGGAAAUGUUAAGGCUGUAAAGUAACAAAUAUUAUCACUGAGUUUUUGGCAAACACCUCCCCCCUGGUUCACCCUGAGCUAAUGGAGGCAUAGCCACGCUUCCUGCAGCGAGUUUGAUGUUCUCCCUGAUGCUGUGCAGAGCUGGGCUGAGCCAGGGCAGAGGGGUUGACCAGGAGCCCUGUGAGAUGGAGUAGAGGGUGAUGAAGCAGCUCUGCAGCGUUCACACCCAGCUGCCAGCCUCUCUCACACUCUUCUCCCCAAAGCAGCAGCUGCUUAGAUGCUUCUGCGCUAGUGCAAUAUGACCUCCCUCCCCUCUCUUCUUUCCUUCUGCUGAAGAUGGGCAGGGAAGGUGGGAUGUGCAAAGGUCCUGGUGCAAACCUGCCAGUCUUUGCAGAGGAGUGUCCCUAAGGUGCAGUCUUUGUCCCUGUCCACUCCCAGCAGAGGAGUGUCCCUAAGGUGCUUUAUUUUGCCCAAGGGCUCCGGACAGCCCUGCGCUGCUCGCCACGCUCGGAGCUGAAGGCAGAUUGCCUUUUUCUCCCCUCCCUGCAGCCUGCUCCCCCUGCCCUGCCUCACCACGGGCUCCAGGGGCUGAAUGCCAAGCAGGGCUCAGGUGAGCAGAGGACAGGAUCUGGAUCACCCCCCUGAGGACCCAGCGCUUCCCCAGGGUUGGGACCAUCCCUGAUGGGCAGGAGCCGUCAGCAGCGCGCAGCUCCGGAGCACUCACCUCUCACCUCUCCCCUAGGACGCUCUGCCUGUUGUCACCUCCUCAAAAUCACUGCCAAAUCUGCCUUCCCUGCUGCUGGACGCUCACUGCCCCUGCCCAAGGGCUCUCCUGUCCUGCUGCUGCCCACUGGACUGUGACCUUCGCCGCUCCGCUGACCAGGCAGGGACAUCCCAACCCGGAAUUUUACUGUUCCUUUGCUACUGGCUAUCUGAAGGAUGGGUUUUUAUUUUUUAAGAUGAACUGCGGGGAUUUUUAAGGUUAAAUUCUUGUUACCCAAGGGUAAACCCUAAUGCAUGUGUGAAUUCUUUGUUUAAAAGAGUUAUUAUUUUUUAUUACACGGGAUUAAUCUAAUGGGCAGCGUUGGCACCUGCUUGGCUUUGACAUGGUGUUUAAUUCCAUUUACUUGAUUAUGAAGUAAUAGUCUAAUCAAGGAACAAAUGCUUUAUGAAAGCUUUGCCAAAAAAAUGUUGGGUGGGGGGGUUUGGUUUUGUUCUGUUGUUUUGGUUUUUUUCUUUUUUCUGUUUUAAGAAACAAAGCAAAGAACUUUUGCUGGUCCCAGGUAUGCAGUCAUUCGACUUGAAAAAAAAAUGUAAUCUGUCUUUUUGAUAGCUUCUUAUGACCCCUUGAGGUUUUUUCCUAGGGUUUUCUUUUUUGUACAGUUGCACUUUAAUUUAUACUUUCUGCAAGUUUGUAUGAGAAGCAAGGAAAAGAACAACAAAUUAAGCCUUUUUUACUAAUCAUUUAAGGUAAUCAAGACAAACACGGGAUAUUUUUGCCAUCUACUGGCAGUUAAAUGGACUUUUUCAGUUCGAAGUCCCUUUUUUUUAAAAAAGAACCACAAAAUUGCCUUACUUUUGUUACAGAUUGUGCUUGGAUCCUCACUAACGUGACUUUACAGUUGCAAUUUUUCCAGAAGCCGCACAAAGUAGAAAGCUUCCAAAAAAAAAAAGAAAAAAAAAAAGAAAAAAAAAUCAGUUUUGCUCUUGAACACUAAAUCCAACACAGCAGUGGUUGGACUGUAAGAAAUACUGGAAAUAUUUGUAGUGCUCCUAGGUUUUGUAAUGAGCCUUUUAUUACAGGAUGAUUAUUAAAUACCUACUCUGGGGUGAGGAUGGCUUUGGUGCUGUGCCUGGUGGCUGCCAGGUGAUUUGUGUCCCCAGUGCUGUGGUGUGAGUUUGGAUGGAGAAUCCAAACUCCUGCAUGCAAAAAUAAAAAAAAAAACAAAAAACCAAACCCCACCCCAGAGUCAAAGCUGAGGAGCACCCAGCCCUUCAGCAGCUUUUGGAUCAAGGCUGAGAUUUGGGAUGAUGGGGAUGAACCCCUUUGCAAAGGAACAGGAGCAGCUGUAGGGCCAGGCAUUAAUUUCCAUCCAGGAAACAGCAAUGAAAUGAAGCGAAAUGUAUUUCAAAUGUUAAAGGCUUUUCACAUCUUCACUCCCAGCUGAGCAUCUUGCCAAGUCCUGGCAGCGCCUGCAGCCCCCUUGAUAAGGGGCUGGUGUGUUCCAGUCUGGGCUCAGGAGCAGGUAGAUGUACUGAUGUCUUUUUUCAAAUUGACUCUUGUCCUCUGGGAUUUCCUACCCAGCAGAACUAAUAGUAUUAAGCAGCAGCAAAUGCCCCUGGGAGGAAAUAUUUCCUUCCUGGAGGCGGGUGGGAUUUCUAGGCUGUAGAAUAAGCCCCUUGUGGCACUUGGCAUCUUCUCUGACCCGUGCAAACAUUAACUGCUGUGUGGGUCUGCAGAACCAGUCCUGCAGGGCAGUCAGAGUUACUCAGUUUUCCAUGUGCAGAGGCACAAAGAGAUGAAGCCCUUCCCUGCUCAGGGUCAGCAGAGGCAGAGGAGGGAGCAGGACUGGUGGAAGCACCUCCCCAGUGACCACAUUGGACUGACUGGUCCAUCACAGCCUUGCCCAAAUCCGUGCUGCACUUUGGAA